CGACUCUUAAACAAAACACUAAAUAAUCACGGAAGUCUAUUUGAAUAUUGGACUUUCGUUAUCAUAAAUAGUGAAAAUCCUUUAAAAAAACAAAACCAAAAACUUCUCAGUUUGACACAAUCAACUCUCUGAUAAUAAUGGAAAAAACAGUGGAUGCAUUAGAAUCUAUGGUACACUUAAAAAGUUUGGGUAAACAAUUCGGCUGAGCCUCAGCUGGCUUAGAAGACUUAAACUUACUCUUCUUCACUUCUUCUUCUAUACAUUUUAACCCUCUUUUUAGGACAGAGCCUUUUCAGCGUGCCAAAAAGACGGAGCACUUUUUACGAGCUGGGCACUCGUAUUGCAAAAAAUAUUUAUAAAAAAUAAACUAUUUCCUUAAUAUCUGUAAAACUAUAUAUAUUCUUGUAGGAAAUUGAAUGAACUAAUACAAUCUUUAUGAAUCAAACUGAAAUACCAACAUUUAUGUAAAUGAGCUACCCUGAUUUGCAUAAUUUAUGCCUGUAAUUUUUUGUUAAACCUAGAAUUAGAAUAAACAUGACUUACUUGUAUCAAUCGUGUGAAUUUUUUGAUGGAUGAAGCCUGAAUAAGUUCUAAAAUUUAUGUUUUUGGGAAACAAGGUCCAUGGAGGCCCUUCAGAUACAUCUGGCACAUGGUUCUACUCCUUUUCCAUCCCACCACUCUAUUUUUCAGUUGUUACAGACACACUGUAACUGGCCCCAAUUUAUGACCUAGAGGGACCUUCUCUUAAGCUGGAUGUUACUGAGAAAGUUGUCUGCAUAUCUAUUGGUCUCUCUCAUAAACAUUUGAAAGAUAUUUAGUGUAAAAAAUAGUAUAAAGUACUCAAAUGGUGUGCUUAUGCCUUAUUUAUUCCACCUAUGUUGUCUAAAAAUUCAGAGGGGUCAUCCCUGUCCAGUUGAGGACCCCUAAUUCUAGUAAUACUAAACCGAGAGUUCACAACAUUAGCAUUACCCUCAAUUUUAAAGUCUUCAUUAAUUUCCUGGUUGUUUUCAUCAGUUUCAGUGUCAAAUUCACUGCUAGAACAUCAAAAUUACUAAGCACAGUUUGAUCAGAGUCAAUGUCAGACAUGUUCGAAGUUCACGAUGUAACUACACACACACACACACACAAAUUCCUACACACAAAUAAAUUGAGUUCACCUUCAACGAACGCCGCCAUUACAAUGCCGGGAUGUGCAGGAAUAUUUAAGAAUAAUUUUGAUUCGCUGGUAUAACGCCAAGCCAGCCAAUUGUGAGGCCCGAACUUACGUCUUUCUCGCUAGUCAACCUUGGGCCGAUAAAUCAGCCCUGACGUCCCAAGAGGGUUAAAGGCCCAUCAUCAAUUUAUUUACUUACUUUUACUUAGCAUCUCUUAUUAACUUAUCAAAAUGUCAGUAGUUACUCAUAAGCAAUGUUCCCUUUAAGCUGCGCAGCUAACUCGCAGACGCCGCCCAGCAGAUUUGAGUAUCCGCGCAUUAAAUUUCCAUGUAAUUGUGUGUUUGUGGGCUGUAAAUUUUGCACACAAAGAAAUUGAUGCUGUAAAACUUUACACACGACUGUAUGAUUUUCACAAGAACCAGCAAACGUUAGAGGGAACAUUGCUCAUAAGGCUUAGUUUUUAAGUCUUAUUACUCUUACUUCUUACUUAAUACCAGUAAUAGUAGUUACUACUUUAAGUUUAGGGGUCGUCCAUUAAUUACGUCAACAAUUUUUAAGCAAUUUUUGCCCCCCUCCACCCCCUUGUCAACAAUUGUCAAACUUUCAAUGACCCCCCUAUUUAAUUAUGUCAACAUUUUCUACCCCUCCCCCCCUCCAAAAAAAAAAAGGAAUUAUAUUAUAAAUAAAUUUAUAAAUACAUAUUACUUUGUGCUAAUCUAUUUUAAUGACACGAAAUUGUAGGAAAAACAUUUAAUUACAUGUUAAUGUUUAGCUUGUUAAUCAACACGUUAAAAAGUUUUUCCACUUAAAUUUUAUAAUGCAGAAUCAAUUGAAAGGUUGUUAAAAUUAAAGACUAAAUAUCUUUGCGGGUGGUAUAAAUUUGAUUAUUGUUAGUAAAGCUGACAAAAAAUCAUUUGGGUGGGGGAGGGGGGGGGGCCCAUUUGCAGGUUGUAUUUAAAUUGCUAUGUACUGUGGCGCCUCCAGUAACCAACAACUUAACGAGCCGACCAAGUUAUGGUUUUGCCCCCCUCCCCCUGAAAAAAAUCCUAAAAAGACGCCCCUGAUGGGCGUAGUCUAAAGUAGCUGAUUUAUCAUUUUCAUCUUGCGGCACUGAUAUACCAGACAAGUCAACAUCAUACUCAUAUAAUCAUUCAGCACUUAAAAUAGAAGCAUUGUUGGUGUGAGCAAUAAUUGCCAUAAGCUCUCUCUAUCUCCUUGCAGCUACUCGCAUUGGUCGAAUCCUUUUUUGUUGAGGAGUAGCUGCUAAUUUCUUACGCUCAAGAGGGCAUUGUUGGUGCUGAUAAACAUGCUUUUUCAACAUGACUUGUGAUACAAAAUAGAUGUUACAGAUUUUGCAAAUCCGUUCAAACAGCGAUUUUAUUAUUGUUACUCAUUCUGCAUUCACCUAAUUCUCAAAAUAUCGUAUUCCAACUCUAUUAAUAUCAUUUACCUUUUGACUUAUCUUGCACUAACAAAGUGUGCUAACAUUCUGACCAGCCAUCUGCAGUGCACAGACAGACACAUUAAAUAAAUCUUAUACCGGCAUUGUCAAAAGCCAAAGAAUUAUGACUAUUUACAAUCAUUUACAAUUAUAAGUUUUUUAAAAAUAAUGUAAUAACCAGUCAAUUUUUAAGAUUAAAAUUUUAAUAGAGGAAACAUGAUUGUUGUUGUCAUCUUAUCUAAACCUCCUUCCCUCCCCCUUGUCAAAAACUGUCAAACAUUUCCAAAACCCCUCCGCCCCCCUAUUUUGUUGACAUAAUUAAUGGACGCCCCCUUAAGUACUACUUACUCAAAGUCAAGUGCUAGCUAGAAUCAUAAAUAAAGUAAAAUGUAAUUUGUAAAUACCCAGGUUAGGUUUAGUUAGGGCUUAGGGUCAAUACUGACAAUACCCAGGUUAAGUUUAGGGUCAAUACACAGCUUAGGUUUAUGGAGAGAUUUAGGGUUCAGGUUAAGUUUAGGGAUACAUUUUGGAAAUUUUUUUCAUUAAUUUCUAACGUUUUAUUCCUAAUUUUAGUUUUAGCAAAGUUGAGUUAUUUUAAUUUUUCCACCUCUGCCAACUUGGUUGCCGCAACCCGUGGACCCGUAAAAGUUCAUGGGUCGUGCCAACCAAGAUGGCGGCCAUGUGAUACAUCAUGACACCAAUUUUCUGCAUUUACCAAAAUAAUAUAUUAUUAUUUUACUUUUAUUACCAUAUUAACAUUCAUAGUAAUCAUAGACAUAAUGGUAACUUAAAAUUAUAAGUAAAAGAUUUAAAAGCCUCAGCCUCUGUGGUAUGUUCUUCUUAAAUCACUUUUUUGUGUGUAUUCCCUGAACUGCCCUCUUGCACCCUCUGGGAAACCUUUCAAAACAAUAUAGUCCUUCAUUAUAGUAUAGCAAAUUAGAGUUUGAUAACUUAGGCCUACUUCCUAGUUACUAAUUUGUAAGGCACUACUAAUGUUUAACUAGUUGCAGACAGUAGACUAAGUUAUACAGAAAUAGCAUAGGGCUUAUAUAUGAUAUUGAUAGAUAAAAAUUAAAGACAAUAUAGUCACCCUAGACCAGGGGUCGGGAACCUUUUUGUCUGAGAGAGCCAUGGGCACCACAUAUUUUGAAAAGUAAUUCUGUGAGAGCCAUACAUUAUGUUUAAAACUAAAAAUUCAAUUUAAUGUGUGCAUUUUGUGUAAUUUCAACACUAAAAAUGCAAUAAUUAUGUCUCUGAAUUCUUUUUAAAAGCAUUGUUUUGCUGUUGCUAAUCAAUAAUGAGUAUUUCUUACCAUUAAUGCAACUUUAUUUUAUAAUCAAACAUUUGUCUGCGAGCCAGAUGCAGCCUUCAAUAGAGCCACAUCUGGCUCGCGAGCCAUAUCUGGCUCGCGAGCCUUAGGUUCCCAACCCCUGUCCUAGACCAUAGAGUACUAUAGCCUAUAGACUAUAGAGUAUAGCCCAACAAUUGAAGUUUUUAUCAGUACCGGUAGUAAUAGUAGGCUUACUUUUACUUAACAUUACAAUUACAAUAAUAAUAGUAAUAAAAUUACUACUUAAUACAUUCUUUAGCUAUUUUGACAGUUCAGAUGUGAUUAAUAGCCAUGAUUUGGCACCACUGUCACUAUACUUGUACUAAUUCUCUCAUUUCUUCACUACCAAGCAUGUGUUUAUAAUCAAUACUGAAAGCCUUAAACGUCUUCACACUUCUUUUGACUCAUAAUACAAUUUAUAAUUUUUUAUUGUACAAUCAAAUAGAUUUUGAAGUUGAUUUAUUUGAUUUAAAACUUAUAAAAUACACACUCAAAUUUUUAAUUAGAACAAUACACCAUUAAAGAACCUGGCCCUUAAGGGGAAAUAGGCAACUUUACCAGUAGGAAACAAAUAAUGAUUUUUAAAGUUCUUUUUACCAUUGCAUGCUGGAAGUAAUAACUACACAUUCUACAUGAGACCAGCUAUCUGACAGGUUACUUUGUACCCAGUCUUUGUCAACAGGUUAUCUACAUUUGAAUCAUUUGAUCAAGUUGAAUUAUGUGCUUCUGUACCUUGCUCAUUUACAUACACCAAUGGCUUUAAUCUCUACUGCCUGGCACUAACUGCAUCCUCAUAAGUCAUAGGCUCUCUAAUUGCUCAAAUUUUUCCUGCGAUGUUUGCUAUAAUCACUAAUUGCAGUUAGGACUCAUGUCUUUUAAAAAUUAUCAUAGAAUCUUUCCCUGGGUAUUGACAGCCUGCAAAUGGCGUCUCCAAUUUCAGAUUGAUAUUUAUGUUUCUUGAAUUUAGAAAAUGACUUAUGAAAGUUAACAGAAAGUAGUAUCUUUCAAAUAUUAUAAUUAUAUAAUGAUAGAAAUAUUCAAUCCUGGCCCCAGUUUAGGCCAAACACAAAAACCCCUCUAAAUUUACCUGCAACUAAAUGAUGAAAUUAUUUCUAGGUAGUAUGUAAUCUAAAAAAAAAAAAAAAAAAAGCCCCAGCAAUGGCUUUUUUUUUUUUUUUUGUUGAUUUCUUCUUUUGUCCACACCCCAUACUUCUUGCACUGGGCUUAUAAAACGCUCCUGACAUUUGUCAAAAGGAACAUUUUUGUUAUAUUUUUGGCCAUAGCAAAAAAAAAAAGAUAAUGACAAAAUUAAUAAAGCUCUAUUGGUACUUAAUUAAAUAAUCAAUAGUAAAUAAUGAUAAAUACCAUACACAAAUAUUUUGUUCAUGAACUGCCUAUAAAGUUAAAAAUCACCAAAUACUUGUUUUUAAUGAGCUAUAUAUUAUAUUUCCAGUUUCAGAAAGCGGAGACUGACCUAAAAUAUAUCACAAGAAAACUUGACUUUGAGCUAAUGAAUGAAGAUGGAAUCAAACAAGAGGUACUUCGCUGUUGUUUUUACCGAUUUUCAAUUUGUUUUUGUUGAAAGUCUGCUUCCCUUAAUUUAAUUUUUUUAAAUGUGUGCAGUUCUAAAUAAGCAAAAGCAACUAAUUAAUAUUCUACUAAUAAAGCAGUUACAAAGAAAUAAAUCUUCAAAGUUGUUGUUACAAAUAACUUUCAAUUUUGUCAUAUUUUCUGUUUCAUUUUCUUCCAGAAUAAUCCUUUAAGAAUGCUAAAAGCCAUUGAGGAUAUCAAAUCUGAGUACUCAAAUCUUGUACAAGACAUGGCAGCCAUUCAAACUGCCCAGAAAGUAAAUUAUGAAUAGCAACACAUAAGCUUUACCAAUAUAUAUUCCUAAUUAUUCUAAAUGAGCCCUUUAUUAAAUUAAAUGAAUAAUGUACUUCUUUUCCCAUUAUUUAUCAUAGUGUAUAUAUAAUAAAAACUCUCUUACUCUGCUCUAGGAAUUCGGUUCUGAUAUUCUUCUCAGAAUAGUUAAGCUAAUUUUGUGGCUGGCUAAUACAAAUGUUUAUUCUUUUGACCAGUUGAAUCGCAUAUCAAAUUUUGAAUGGCUGACAUUAUUUACCCAUUUUGUUUUUAAAUUUUGUAAUUCUAAAUGCAUUAUAACAGAAUUGAACUUUCCUUAAUAUAAAAAUGUAUUCAAAGUAUUUUCCUAAGAUGUCAUAUCUGAUACACAGAAUAACUGAAAUAUAUUUUCUAUCAUACCUAUUGUAAUGUAAUUAGACAUUUGAAAUGCAAGGCAAAAGAAAUCAUGGCGUGUGAAUGAAAGUAUGUUAUACCUCCUUUUUUAGGAUGCUGUUGAAUUUUUGCGUGGCCAGUUGCUCACUAUGGCUCAAAUGCUGGAAAAAUUGGAAGCACAAACUGGGGUAAGCUUUUGAUAGCGCUUUCAUUGGAAACAAAUUAUUGAUUUUUAUGAGGCAUUCACAAAGUUGAUUUUCCAAAUCUUUCUUUGCAGCAUGGUCAGGUUAUAUUUAUAGGAUGGUUGGCUGCAGAUGGAAGUUAUCAAUAUUAGAACUUACUAAGUAUUUCCAUAAUAAUCCCACUAGGCAUCUCAGCAACUUAAUGGAGUUAUUAUGAACCAGUUAAACUAUUGAUUGUUAAAAGACUCCAAUAAUAAAUCCUAAACCAUGUGAGUCUGUGUUAAUUUUUGGUUUCUACAUAGAGACUGAAGGCUACAUUGUGAUGUUGAACACUUAAGUUUUUAUUUUCUAAUAAUUUUUCAUUUUUUGUUUUCUAUUGUGUGCUCAAGAAGGCAUUUAACCGAAAAAUUGAAGAGAUUAUUUCACAGUUUAGUCUGUUUUUACCAUUAGUUUGUAUUUUAUUAGCAUAGUCUGCAUUUAUCCCUGUGAGGCAAGAUUAGCGAAAGUCUAUUUUAAACAAAGGCUUGUAAAUUGUUUAAAUUUCCUUUUUUUAAAUUAGUUUAAUAUACAAACGGCUGCAUUCAGGUUGAAGCAAUAGGAAAUAUAAAGCAAAAUUUAGGAGAAAACCUGUAAAAAGACAAGACAAAACAGCAAACAUUUCAGCUAGAAGCCUUCGUCAGCAAACAGUUGAAACCUGGAAUAAAAUUUAAAAAAAUAAAAAUUUAGCAAGGGUAGUGUCCCAGAGAACUGCAAUUAGGUUCAGCAAUUUUUAAUUGAAAGCUUGUAACUGGAUAGAAUCAAGAAAAUAAAAAUAAUAAAUCAUAGGAAAUCCUCAGAGAUUUCCUCUUCUAAAAAAAAAAACAGCAUGAAGUUGUUUUUUUUAAAUAAUCAUCUAAAUAAAAGGAAUAAAAAUGCUUUGUUAAUUGAGAAAGCACAUUUAAAGGUAAUUAGCCUAAUGUCUGUGUUAAGAAUGUAUUUAUUUUAAUAUGUUUGUAGACAAUAACAGAAUACUUGCAGACACUGUAUUUUUUGUAUAGUUUGUGCACAAGAAAAAUAUUGUGAAAAAUAUUUAUUAGUUUAAAACAUUCUCAAAACUACUUCUGAUUCUUUUAGUGAAUGAUUCCAACAAUAGGUAUAUACAUGAAUAAUGCCUUAAAGUUAAUGGUAGAACCGUAACCCUAUUUCUAUUUUUGUAUAAUACACAGACUAAAGGUCACUUUGAAAGGACCAAUAGGGUAAAAGCCUUAUUUUGAGCAAUACUAAUUUGAACAUAAAAGUUAAACUAAGCUCUCGAUGGUCCAUUCCAUUUUGAACAUGUGCAAUUUUGUGUCUUUUGAUGAUAACCAGGGAAACCAGGCAAAAAUUGUUAGUGGGACAUACACAUACAUAUAUGGCUAAAACCAGGUAAAAAAUAUAGGAGAAUUAUAUUACUUGGCAUGCAAGUAGGUCAAAACACUGAAUGUUUAGACUUUCUUAAUAAUUUUUUUUUUUCUCUUUCAUCUGCAUAUUAUUUUUGAAAUGUUCAGCAAAAUCCAGAAUUGGCUGAAGAAACACUAAACCAAUUUAUGGAACUGUCUCUUUUGAUGGGUAUUCCAAAAGACAGCCUGCUACCUACAACACACAAAGAGCCCUCCAUAUCUGAUAACCCCGAGCCAGAAAAAACAUCUUGCCAGCAUUCAGAAACAUCAAGUGACCCUGCACCUGUUACAUUAAAAAAGGCAACACAUGGAAAUGGUGAAAAGCAAAAGAAAGAAGGUAGAUAUAAUCCAGUGUGUAAAUUCUUAGUACCGGUAAUGCAGAUUUUUUUUUUAAUGCACAAACAAGUUAUAUUAACUUUAUAAAUAUGCAGGCAAUUUGAAAAUACAGCUUUUAUGCAGGGUUUUUUACUGAUGGAAGACAAUAAUUAAAAUGUUUAGCACCUAUAAGACAUCUGGAAAACAGCACCCAAAAAAAAAAUCAAUUUUUUAAAGUUAUUUUCUUUAAUUUACAUCAUUGACGUUGCAAAAGUUGUUGUUUUUUUUACCCUAUUUAAUGCUGUUUGUAAAUCUUAUUUUAUUAACCCCCACAACCAUCUAGGCUAUGAUUAAAACAGAAAAUAGCUUUCUUAAUGAUCAGAUUCAGCUUUGAAAUUUUAAAAAAAUUAAAAAUUAGAUACUUCAGCUGAAUUUCAUUAAGUAGGCCUAAAAACUAAAAUGACAACAAAUAUUUUAAUCAUUUUAUAUUGCUAUACUUUGUUGUAGCAGAGAACACAACAGUAUCUGCCUGUGACAGGAGAGCAAACAACUCCACAUUUAUAGAAAUAGAUCACGAUGAAUUUAUGUCAGUAUCUGAGCUUAUUCGUGGCCGUGCAAAACUUGAUGAUGUUAAUAAAGUGAGUUUUGUGAGAAACAAAAGAUGAGUGAACAGUUAAAAUUUAUUUUUUAAAAAUUGCAAUGUAAAUUUAACACAUUUGUUCUUGAAAACCGCAUUUAACUGGCUCUGCUUUUUUUUCAACUCUCAUUUGUUUGUAUAACAACUACUAAUGCCACUUAAUUUAUUAAAUAAUAUUCAGUCAUUGUUUUUUUUAAAUGAGAAAUUUUAAAAAAGCUCUAAAAUUCUUUUAAUUUUUUACCUUUCAGGCCUAUAAAAUUCUAUGGGAUCAUUUUAAGGAGGAAAGGAACAAGUAAGUUUUAGCUACUUUAGUUCCUGUAUUAUAAUUGUAGGAGUAGCUAGAAUUUGUCUGUAAAAGGAAAAAAAAAAAAAUGUUUACAAUUUUAAUAUUGAAAAAGUGAAGUAUAAUACCCCUCAGAAUUGGGGUAAUUAUUUGUUAAAAUACGGUACCCCUCAGUUUGAACUUUUAUCUGUGAUACAAAUUACUAUUGAUUGCCAUUUUAAAAUAUAUAUAUAUAUCCCUUUUUUCCUAUAUUAUCUUUUUUGAAAUAAAUAUAAGGUGGAAGGACUGUGUCUCAAGUCCCAUUAAAAAAACUACCAAUUGGCAACUCACUAUUUGUUAUUACAAUAUCCUCCAGCCAGCAUGCACGGAUCCCCUGCAUGAAAAUGUUCAACUUGCCUCGAGGGAUUAUUUAUUUAGGGCUACUCAUCACAUUUAGGAAAGCAUUAUUUAAUACGAUUGUUUGGAUUUAUUUUUGUCCAUUCCUUUUUUUUUUUUAAACUGUUUUUUUUUUUUAAAAGGGGGGGGGGGGGGGGGGUUUUUUUUAAAAUUUUUUUUNGGGGGGGGGGGGGGGUUAUUUAGUAAUAUUUGAUUUGUCAAAUCAGUUACAAUUUCAUAAUUUUACAAAAGUAGUAAUCUCAAGUCUUCGUAAUUUAUCUUCCAUAGAGAGGCACUGACCCCUAAGGAAAUGAAUUCUAUGGGUCUGAGAGUAACUGGUGCCACUGGAGAGGCUAAACUAAAGGUAAAAUGUGUUGGAAAAUGACAAAAUACUAAAUGUUGAUUAUGCAUUGUUUUUCACGCCCACAUUGUUUGUUGUGUAGUGAUGUCACGUUUUUUAUGGUGUCUAGUCAUGCUCCAUGUUGUUCUCAAAAAUAAACGUUAAACUGACCUUGAUGAUCGCUUCUGCUUAUUUGAUUAUCUUCCUUGUGAAGUAACAGCAAUUUGAUAUUUUCAACAAAAUGAUCUAUACGGAUGAAGUUUUAUUAAUGAUCAAAUUUAUGAAAUCUAUUUUAAUUCAAUUUUAAUUUAUAGCUAUAGCUCAGGGGUCACCAAACUAUGGCCUGUGGACCAGAUGCGGCCCGCGUAUGUCAGUUUAUCCGGCUCGCCGACGGUAUUUGAAUUUGCUUAUUAUAUUUAGAAAACUAGGGGCUCUUCACAUGCGAUGAGCCCUUCUGGCUCUGGCUCCUUAAAUUUACCAUUUUCAAUUUUAAAUGAUUGUAUCUAGAUUUUCUUGUUUAUUGCAGACCUGUUUACCCUCAAACUCCUAAAAUAGCACAUAAUUGUCUCAAAAUCGUAUAAUGGUAUGGUAUCUUAAUAGUAAUAGUAAAUAAAUAAACAUACAGUAUAUUAUAAUGAAUAAAAUAGCUACUGGCAUGGCAGUGACUAGCGGGAUCGAGUUAAGCUGGCGUAAAAAAAGUUAACUUCUAAAAGUAGAUGACUUACAUUUAUAUUGCAAUCUGCAGGUCACUUUUUUUUUUGCUCACGUUUGCAUCUGAUAUAGAUAUUUAUUUAUAUUGAGUGGAAAUACAGAUCACACUAUCACAGUCUGUCACUGGUAAAAAUAAAGUUACUGUUGAAAUUUAACGUGGUUCUAACUUGAAAUCAGAUCAGAAUAAAACAAAAUGUAUUUCAAUAAGAAUUAAUUGACAAAUUAUAACAUCAUUUAAAAAUCUACCAAGUAACUUGAGGUUGUUCUUUUAGGAAAAGCUGGUUUAAAAAAAUAAUAAAAUUAGAAUCAAUAUCAAUUAAGCCUAUUCCCGCUAAUAUAUUAUAGUAUUUUAACUGGAUAAAUGGAAGAAGAUUAUUGGAAACAUACUGGGCAUUAAACAUCGUUCUCACCACGGAGAACAGAAGAACAUGAAGAAGAGAACAUAGUGCUACAGAUACUUGAGAAAGCUAGGAACUUGCUGUGGCAUUCUCUGGCGCUAGAUGAGUCUACUGAUCUCUCGAUAUGUCACAACUUCUCGUGUUUACUUGUGGUGUCACUUUGUAUGUUGAGUUUCUGAAACUGAAGAAAUUUGCUGCUGGUGUGACAUCAGUGUUUGGAACAACUUUUGUCUGUGAUCAAACAUAUUAUGAGCUAGAAUAAGUGCGCACUAGGUCUGAUGUAACCAUCUUUUAGUUAACAUCGCCUUCUUUGACAAAGUUUUUGGUAAAUAAAUAUUUUGGUUGUCUUUGUUUUUGUGCAUUGCUCGCAACUCACCCAUGGUUAACAUAACUUAGCUUUUCGUCUUUUUUAUCAGAACUUUGGUUCUGGCUUCCAAGUAUUGUACAGAAUGAUUAUACGGCCGGCUGUUAAAAAAGUUUGGUGACCCCUGCUAUAGCUUAUAAAAACAACUAUUCAGUGUUAGCAGAUUUUUCCUUCUCAUGAGCAUAUUUCUUUUUUCUAUUUGGUGCAGAUACUUCGAGCCCUAAAACUGUGCCAGAUCAGUAGAACUGGAGAUGUUACUCUGACAUGAAACAAAAGGAUACUGGUGUUAAUGUUUAUUUGAUGAAUGAUAUAGCUGUGCAGGUGCUACCUUAAUUAGAUGAAAGUUUAGUUUAAAAUUGUGAAAACUACUUGGUUAAGGUUGAUAAAACUGCUUGACAUUUUAAAAAAUCAUGUGGUACCUUUUUCUUGAGUAUAGAAGGUCAAUAGUGCUUAAAAACAAAUAUUAAGACCCAUGAAACUUAUUUUAUUGAAAUUACAUUUGUCUAAUUUUCAUUUAAAUAUAAAAUUAAAUUAUUAAAAAAACAGCAUGGAAUAUUGUUAAUAUUAGCCAGUUUUUUAACCCUGAUGUUGGAGCCAGGUCAUGAGGGUCUUCUAAAUACACCACUCCUGUCUUUAUUAAUCAUUAAGAGUGACUUCUUCUUCUUCUUAUAUUUGAGGUGCCCACGAUCAAUUUGUUGAUCAUUCUAUUUUCAAUAAGUUUUGCAUUUUAAAUAAUUUUAUUUAGCUAUAUAUUAACAUACAUAAAUUUAAGUAAUAGAACUGAUGGUUAUGAGAAUAUGUAGUAUUUUUGCAUGGAAAGAAUGUUGUUUGUAAAGGAGUGUUCAAGUAAAGUCUGGCUGUAUAUUAUUUAUUUUUAUCUGUAACAAUUUUUCAUCCAACCCAUGUUUUCUUUGUUAAAAACAUUGCUGAAACAAUACAAAUCUAAAUUGAACCUA